AUGGCAUCCUCAUCGACAAAUGUGUGUUCGUGUCGAACAUUGUACUCCAGAAGCCACAUCGUCAAUGGCAUUGAGAACGACAUAGGCUUGUCCUGGCAGACAUCAGUGGCUUCUUCUGCUCGGACACGACCAACAGGGCGGUUGCAUGCUCUGAGCCUUUGCUUCUUUCUUGGCGAGAUCUUGGAUGGCUUGCUGAAGCUGAUUCAGCUUCGAGCACCGCAGUUGCCUUGCUGCAGCCUUAAGCAAGGUCUGCCCAUGCCCACUGCUUCGAAUCGAUGCUCGGACCGAGACUUCACUUGCUUCACUGGGGGGCCGCACGCUGUUCCAAAUAAGAACAGCUACGCUGCUAUGACGUUCUGGAAAACACUGGAGCUUUCAGCAUCUCAGGGGCGCGCCCACGAGCUGACACCUUCCAGCUUGUUGACCUCAGCGAGCAUGCGCCAGCACAUGGACCGAAGCUUAGGGAGUGACGUGACUUUUUGCUGGCCCAGUCUUCUGGCGGAUCAAAGUGGCGCAAAGAAGGAUCCAGACACUCACGGGACCUUCCAUAUGUUGGAAUCUUCUUGCCGGAAUCGUCCAACAGGCAUGUGCAAGCACCUACAACAGAAUCGCAGAAUUGCAGAGGACGUCCUGACGUCGAAAGCAUGUGAGGGGCAGUCCUAUCCCGGCUAG